CCGGUGAGCAUCUCGUGCGGCGCCUUUGUGCGGUGAAGCGUAGCGGGCACAACCGAGGUGCGCUCAGCCAUUGCGCGCGCGCAUGCGUCCUCUCCUGAAGUUGGGAGAGGAACCUCAGAGACUCCCAAAGAUGUCAACUCAAGGCCAUACCUGGGUCCGACAGGUGAAGAAGGAGGAUGAGGAAGAGGACCCUCUGGACCAGCUGAUCUCCCGAUCUGGCUGUGCUGCUUCCCACUAUGCAGUGCAGGAGUGCAUGGCCCAGUACCAGGACUGGCGACAGUGCCAGGCACAGGUGCAGGCCUUCAGGGACUGCAUGAGUGAACAGCAGGCAAGGCGGCGGGAGGAGCUGCAGAGGAGGAAAGAGCAAGGCACUGCACACCACUGAGACCCCAAACCACCUAUCCCCAGAGGAUGGCCCUGCAGAAACUAGCACUGAGAGAUCAUGGGAGGAAGAAAUCCUAAAUGGUGGAAGUGUGGGCCAAGAAGUGUAAAACUAGCAGAUAGUCUUUGGGACUGGGGUUAAGAGCGAAGCAGCAAUAGGUUUGGACAGGACUGCCAUAAAGAGCUGUCAUAUUUUCAUGAUGAGAUCCCAUACAUUGUUGUCCAUCUUUUCCCACCAAUAUUAAAUAUUGAUGAAUAUUUGCCAAGUAAAACAAAGAGUGGGGUUAAGGGAUGCUCUUCUACCCUACAUCUUGGGUUAGUGUGCCAAGUACUGAGCUGAUUACAUGGACAUUCAAUUUUAAAAAUAAAUUCACAAUCUGAAGGUAAAUUGGUUCCCU